CAACGGCGACGCGCUGCCGUCCACACGAACCGCCGACGCCGACGCAGGAGCCAUGCUCUCGCUCGCCGCCUCCGCGCUCCCCGCCGCGCGGACCCACGGCCAGGACGCCGCGAGCGCCGGCUCGUCGCAUUCGUCGUCCGUCCGCCUCCUCCGCUCGCUCGCGCGGUCCCGCCGCGCGGACCUCGCCCACCGCGCGCUCCUGCUGUUCCGGUCGUUCCAGUCCACCCCGAGCCCGCCGCCGCCGCACCUGUCGCUGCCGGCCGCGCUCUCCGCGGCGUCCUUCCUCUCAGCGCUCCCCGAGGGCCGCCAGCUCCACGGGCUCGCCGCCAAGCUCGGCCUCGCCCCCGCGCACACCGUCGUCGCCAACUCGCUCCUCCACCUCUACUCCUCCUGUGGCCUCCCCGCCGCCGCGCUCGCGCUCUUCCGCCGCAUCCCCGACAGGUCCCUCGUGUCCUGGAACACCGCCGUAGACGCCCUCGUCGGCAACGGCGACCACCUCGCCGCGCUCGACCUCUUCCGGGAGAUGCAGCGGGACACCGACCUUGCGCCCGACUCAUACACCGUGCAGAGCGUCCUCGGCGCGUGCUCCGGCGCGGGCGCGCUCUCGCUCGGUGUCUACGCGCACGCGAUGCUGCUCAGGGAGCUCGGGGGCGACGGCGACGGCGAGGCGGUGUCCCGUGACAUGCUGAUCAACAACUCGCUGGUGGAUUUGUACGGGAAGUGCGGGGCUCUGGAGCUCGCGCAGCAGGUGUUCGACAGAAUGCCAACGCGGGACCUCGCGUCUUGGAAUGUGAUGAUCCUCACUCUGGCAAACCACGGACGUGUGUCUGAGUCGUUGGAGCUGUUUGAUCGGAUGGCUCAGUUGGAGAACUUGUCUCCAAAUGCCAUCACAUUCGUCGCGGUGCUCAGCGCGUGCAACCAUGGCGGGCUAGUGGAGGAAGGCAGGAGGUAUUUUGCAAUGAUGGUGGAUGAGUACAGGAUCAAGCCUAGGAUCGAGCACUACGGGUGCAUGGUGGACCUCUUGGCACGAGCAGGGUUCAUCGAGGAAGCCCUCGACAUUGUGGCCGGUAUGAAUUGUCGGCCUGACGCCAUCAUCUGGAGGAGCCUUCUUGAUGCAUGCUGCAAGAAGAACGCCGGAUUGGAGCUCACUGAGGCCAUGGCCAAGCUAGCACUUGAGGUUCCUGAUGAUGCUGUGAGUGGUGUGUAUGUGCUGCUUUCAAGGGUCUAUGCAUCCGCGCAGCGCUGGAACGAUGUGGGCAUGGUGAGGCGGCUGAUGACGCAGGAAGGCGUCAAGAAGGAGCCAGGGUUCAGCUCCAUUGAAAUGGAUGGCUUGGUUCAUCAGUUUGUCGCGGGCGACACGUCGCACCCACAAUCUGAGGCGAUAUACAAAAAACUGGAUGAGAUUCAACUGAGGCUCACUUCAGCUGGAUACAAGCCAGACUUAUCAGAGGCUCCUUUGGUUGCUAGUGCUGACAUUGCCAAGGGCGCUGCCCUCCGUUUGCACAGCGAGCGUCUGGCCAUAUCGUUUGGCUUGCUUAACGCUACUCCUGGGGCUCCCGUUCGGAUUCUGAAGAACCUGAGAGUUUGCAAAGACUGCCACACAAUCAGCAAGCUCGUAUCGAAGCUCUACGGCGUGGAGAUCAUCGUGAGGGAUCGAAUCCGAUUCCAUCAUUUCAAAGACGGGUCAUGUUCUUGUAAAGAUUACUGGUGAUAACAUCAUGAGCCACAAUGCCUGAUGUGUUGGAAGCGCCUCUGCAGGCAUCCAAGCCGAGGUGAAAUGCAUGUGAUGUUCAAUGUUGACUAAAUCUUUUGCUUUUUUAGGACAGAUGAACAAUAGCAGAUUUAUUAGUGAAACAGGAUGUUGUAUGGUAUAUUCAAGCCACCAAGGUAAAUAGUUUAGUUAUUCUGAUUUAGGACCUCAUCUAUAUGAGCAAUUGUGUUCACGGCAUCAUACAGAAAAAUGUUAUAAUAAAUGUUAGAUUUUUUUCAUCAUAGUU